AUGGUUCAGUACGGACCUCACAUGGUUCAGUACAGACCUCUCAUGGUUCAGUACAGACCUCUCAUGGUUCAGUACGGACCUCACAUGGUUCAGUACAAACCUCACAUGGUUCAGUACGGACCUCUCAUGGUUCAGUACAGACCUCUCAUGGUUCAGUACAAACCUCACAUGGUUCAGUACGGACCUCUCAUGGUUCAGUACGGACCUCUCAUGGUUCAGUACAGACCUCUCAUGGUUCAGUACAGACCUCUCAUGGUUCAGUACAGACCUCUCAUGGUUCAGUACAGACCUCUCAUGGUUCAGUACAAACCUCACAUGGUUCAGUACGGACCUCUCAUGGUUCAGUACAGACCUCUCAUGGUUCAGUACGGACCUCACAUGGUUCAGUACGGACCUCUCAUGGUUCAGUACAGACCUCUCAUGGUUCAGUACGGACCUCUCAUGGUUCAGUACAGACCUCUCAUGGUUCAGUACAGACCUCACAUGGUUCAGUACAGACCUCUCAUGGUUCAGUACGGACCUCACAUGGUUCAGUACAGACCUCUCAUGGUUCAGUACAGACCUCUCAUGGUUCAGUACGGACCUCACAUGGUUCAGUACAGACCUCUCAUGGUUCAGUACAGACCUCUCAUGGUUCAGUACGGACCUCUCAUGGUUCAGUACAGACCUCACAUGGUUCAGUACAGACCUCACAUGGUUCAGUACGGACCUCACAUGGUUCAGUACAGACCGCUCAUGGUUCAGUACGGACCUCACAUGGUUCAGUACAGACCUCUCAUGGUUCAGUACAGACCUCACAUGGUUCAGUACGGACCUCUCAUGGUUCAGUACGGACCUCUCAUGGUUCAGUACAGACCUCUCAUGGUUCAGUACGGACCUCACAUGGUUCAGUACAGACCUCUCAUGGUUCAGUACGGACCUCACAUGGUUCAGUACAGACCUCUCAUGGUUCAGUACAGACCUCACAUGGUUCAGUACAGACCUCUCAUGGUUCAGUACGGACCUCACAUGUGGUUGGUGGGUGGUUGUUCGAGCCAUGCUAUGGGUGGAGGUGGGUGGUUGUUUGAGCCAUGCUAUGGGUGGAGGUGGGUGGUUGUUCGAGCCAUGCUAUGGGUGGAGGUGGGUGGUUGUUCGAGCCAUGCUAUGGGUGGAGGUGGGUGGUUGUUCGAGCCAUGCUAUGGGUGGAGGUGGGUGGUUGUUCGAGCCAUGCUAUGGGUGGAGGUGACCGUUUGGCUGCCUCCUCCGUCACACUCUUUGGGACCCUCCCCCCCUCAAGGCACCUCCCUCACACAAUCAACCAGCGCCAUGGAGCCCAGCAAGGUCCAAUCAGAAGGCGGCCUCAACGUCACCCUCACCAUCCGCCUGCUCAUGCACGGAAAGGAGGUGGGCAGCAUAAUUGGAAAGAAAGGAGAAACGGUGAAGAAAAUGAGAGAGGAUGACUCAAACUCUGGACCUGCUGUAGCUAACCUGGCUGUAGCUAACCUGGCUGUGGCUAACCUGGCUGUAGCUAACCGGGCUGUGGCUAACCGGGCUGUGGCUAACCUGGCUGUAGCUAACCUGGCUGUGGCUAACCUGGCUGUGGCUAACCUGGCUGUAGCUAACCUGGCUGUAGCUAACCGGGCUGUGGCUAACCUGGCUGUAGCUAACCUGGCUGUGGCUAACCUGGCUGUAGCUAACCUGGCUGUGGCUAACCUGGCUGUAGCUAACCUGGCUGUAGCUAACCUGGCUGUAGCUAACCUGGCUGUAGCUAACCUGGCUGUGGCUAACCGGGCUGUGGCUAACCUGGCUGUAGCUAACCUGGCUGUAGCUAACCUGGCUGUAGCUAACCUGGCUGUAGCUAACCUGGCUGUAGCUAACCUGGCUGUAGCUAACCUGGCUGUAGCUAACCUGGCUGUAGCUAACCUGGCUGUAGCUAACCUGGCUGUAGCUAACCUGGCUGUAGCUAACCUGGCUGUGGCUAACCUGGCUGUAGCUAACCUGGCUGUAGCUAACCUGGCUGUAGCUAACCUGGCUGUGGCUAACCUGGCUGUAGCUAACCUGGCUGUAGCUAACCUGGCUGUGGCUAACCUGGCUGUGGCUAACCUGGCUGUAGCUAACCUGGCUGUAGCUAACCUGGCUGUGGCUAACCUGGCUGUAGCUAACCUGGCUGUAGCUAACCUGGCUGUAGCUAACCUGGCUGUGGCUAACCUGGCUGUAGCUAACCUGGCUGUGGCUAACCUGGCUGUAGCUAACCUGGCUGUAGCUAACCUGGCUGUGGCUAACCUGGCUGUAGCUAACCUGGCUGUAGCUAACCUGGCUGUAGCUAACCUGGCUGUAGCUAACCUGGCUGUAGCUAACCUGGCUGUGGCUAACCUGGCUGUGGCUAACCUGGCUGUAGCUAACCUGGCUGUGGCUAACCUGGCUGUAGCUAACCUGGCUGUAGCUAACCUGGCUGUAGCUAACCUGGCUGUAGCUAACCUGGCUGUGGCUAACCUGGCUGUAGCUAACCUGGCUGUGGCUAACCUGGCUGUAGCUAACCUGGCUGUAGCUAACCUGGCUGUGGCUAACCUGGCUGUGGCUAACCUGGCUGUAGCUAACCUGGCUGUGGCUAACCUGGCUGUAGCUAACCUGGCUGUGGCUAACCUGGCUGUAGCUAACCUGGCUGUAGCUAACCUGGCUGUGGCUAACCUGGCUGUGGCUAACCUGGCUGUGGCUAACCUGGCUGUAGCUAACCUGGCUGUAGCUAACCUGGCUGUGGCUAACCUGGCUGUAGCUAACCUGGCUGUAGCUAACCUGGCUGUAGCUAACCUGGCUGUAGCUAACCUGGCUGUGGCUAACCUGGCUGUGGCUAACCUGGCUGUAGCUAACCUGGCUGUAGCUAACCUGGCUGUAGCUAACCUGGCUGUAGCUAACCUGGCUGUAGCUAACCUGGCUGUAGCUAACCUGGCUGUAGCUAACCUGGCUGUAGCUAACCUGGCUAACCUGGCUGUAGCUAACCUGGCUGUGGCUAACCUGGCUGUAGCUAACCUGGCUGUAGCUAACCUGGCUGUAGCUAACCUGGCUGCUAACCUGGCUGUAGCUAACCUGGCUGUGGCUAACCUGGCUGUAGCUAACCUGGCUGUAGCUAACCUGGCUGUAGCUAACCUGGCUGUGGCUAACCUGGCUGUAGCUAACCUGGCUGUGGCUAACCUGGCUGUAGCUAACCUGGCUGUAGCUAACCUGGCUGUAGCUAACCUGGCUGUGGCUAACCUGGCUGCUAACCUGGCUGUGGCUAACCUGGCUGUAGCUAACCUGGCUGUAGCUAACCUGGCUGUAGCUAACCUGGCUGUAGCUAACCGGGCUGUGGCUAACCUGGCUGUAGCUAACCUGGCUGUAGCUAACCUGGCUGUGGCUAACCUGGCUGUAGCUAACCUGGCUGUAGCUAACCUGGCUGUAGCUAACCUGGCUGUAGCUAACCUGGCUGUAGCUAACCUGGCUGUAGCUAACCUGGCUGUGGCUAACCUGGCUGUGGCUAACCUGGCUGUAGCUAACCUGGCUGUAGCUAACCUGGCUGUAGCUAACCUGGCUGUAGCUAACCUGGCUGUGGCUAACCUGGCUGUGGCUAACCUGGCUGUGGCUAACCUGGCUGUAGCUAACCUGGCUGUGGCUAACCUGGCUGUAGCUAACCUGGCUGUAGCUAACCUGGCUGUAGCUAACCUGGCUGCUAACCUGGCUGUAGCUAACCUGGCUGUGGCUAAACCUGGCUCUAACCUGGCUGUAGCUAACCUGGCUGUAGCUAACCUGGCUGUGGCUAACCUGGCUGUAGCUAACCUGGCUGUAGCUAACCUGGCUGUGGCUAACCUGGCUGUAGCUAACCUGGCUGUAGCUAACCGGGCUGUGGCUAACCUGGCUGUAGCUAACCUGGCUGUGGCUAACCUGGCUGUAGCUAACCUGGCUGUGGCUAACCUGGCUGUGGCUAACCUGGCUGUAGCUAACCUGGCUGUGGCUAACCUGGCUGUAGCUAACCUGGCUGUGGCUAACCUGGCUGUAGCUAACCUGGCUGUGGCUAACCUGGCUGUGGCUAACCUGGCUGUGGCUAACCUGGCUGUAGCUAACCUGGCUGUGGCUAACCUGGCUGUAGCUAACCUGGCUGUAGCUAACCUGGCUGUGGCUAACCUGGCUGUGGCUAACCUGGCUGUGGCUAACCUGGCUGUAGCUAACCUGGCUGUAGCUAACCUGGCUGUGGCUAACCUGGCUGUAGCUAACCUGGCUGUGGCUAACCUGGCUGUGGCUAACCUGGCUGUAGCUAACCUGGCUGUGGCUAACCUGGCUGUAGCUAACCUGGCUGUGGCUAACCGGGCUGUGGCUAACCUGGCUGUGGCUAACCUGGCUGUGGCUAACCUGGCUGUAGCUAACCUGGCUGUAGCUAACCUGGCUGUAGCUAACCUGGCUGUAGCUAACCUGGCUGUAGCUAACCUGGCUGUAGCUAACCUGGCUGUAGCUAACCUGGCUGUGGCUAACCUGGCUGUGGCUAACCUGGCUGUAGCUAACCUGGCUGUAGCUAACCUGGCUGUGGCUAACCUGGCUGUAGCUAACCUGGCUGUAGCUAACCUGGCUGUAGCUAACCUGGCUGUAGCUAACCUGGCUGUAGCUAACCUGGCUGUAGCUAACCUGGCUGUAGCUAACCUGGCUGUGGCUAACCUGGCUGUGGCUAACCUGGCUGUAGCUAACCUGGCUGUGGCUAACCUGGCUGUAGCUAACCUGGCUGUGGCUAACCUGGCUGUGGCUAACCUGGCUGUAGCUAACCUGGCUGUGGCUAACCUGGCUGUGGCUAACCUGGCUGUGGCUAACCUGGCUGUGGCUAACCUGGCUGUAGCUAACCUGGCUGUAGCUAACCUGGCUGUAGCUAACCUGGCUGUAGCUAACCUGGCUGUAGCUAACCGGGCUGUGGCUAACCUGGCUGUAGCUAACCUGGCUGUAGCUAACCUGGCUGUGGCUAACCUGGCUGUGGCUAACCUGGCUGUAGCUAACCUGGCUGUAGCUAACCUGGCUGUAGCUAACCUGGCUGUAGCUAACCUGGCUGUGGCUAACCGGGCUGUGGCUAACCUGGCUGUAGCUAACCUGGCUGUAGCUAACCUGGCUGUAGCUAACCUGGCUGUAGCUAACCUGGCUGUGGCUAACCUGGCUGUAGCUAACCGGGCUGUGGCUAACCUGGCUGUGGCUAACCUGGCUGUAGCUAACCUGGCUGUAGCUAACCUGGCUGUGGCUAACCUGGCUGUGGCUAACCUGGCUGUAGCUAACCUGGCUGUGGCUAACCUGGCUGUAGCUAACCUGGCUGUAGCUAACCUGGCUGUAGCUAACCUGGCUGUAGCUAACCUGGCUGUAGCUAACCUGGCUGUGGCUAACCUGGCUGUGGCUAACCUGGCUGUAGCUAACCUGGCUGUAGCUAACCUGGCUGUAGCUAACCUGGCUGUAGCUAACCUGGCUGUGGCUAACCUGGCUGUGGCUAACCUGGCUGUAGCUAACCUGGCUGUAGCUAACCUGGCUGUAGCUAACCUGGCUCUAACCUGGCUGUGGCUAACCUGGCUGUGGCUAACCUGGCUGUGGGCUAACCUGGCUGUAGCUAACCUGGCUGUAGCUAACCUGGCUGUAGCUAACCUGGCUGUGGCUAACCUGGCUGUAGCUAACCUGGCUGUAGCUAACCUGGCUGUAGCUAACCUGGCUGUAGCUAACCUGGCUGUGGCUAACCUGGCUGUAGCUAACCUGGCUGUAGCUAACCUGGCUGUAGCUAACCUGGCUGUAGCUAACCUGGCUGUAGCUAACCUGGCUGUGGCUAACCUGGCUGUGGCUAACCGGGCUGUGGCUAACCUGGCUGUAGCUAACCUGGCUGUGGCUAACCUGGCUGUAGCUAACCUGGCUGUAGCUAACCUGGCUGUAGCUAACCUGGCUGUAGCUAACCUGGCUGUGGCUAACCUGGCUGUAGCUAACCUGGCUGUAGCUAACCUGGCUGUGGCUAACCGGGCUGUAGCUAACCUGGCUGUAGCUAACCUGGCUGUAGCUAACCUGGCUGUGGCUAACCUGGCUGUAGCUAACCUGGCUGUAGCUAACCUGGCUGUAGCUAACCUGGCUGUGGCUAACCUGGCUGUAGCUAACCUGGCUGUGGCUAACCGGGCUGUGGCUAACCUGGCUGUAGCUAACCUGGCUGUGGCUAACCUGGCUGUAGCUAACCUGGCUGUAGCUAACCUGGCUGUGGCUAACCUGGCUGUAGCUAACCUGGCUGUAGCUAACCUGGCUGUGGCUAACCUGGCUGUAGCUAACCUGGCUGUAGCUAACCUGGCUGUGGCUAACCUGGCUGUGGCUAACCUGGCUGUGGCUAACCUGGCUGUGGCUAACCUGGCUGUAGCUAACCUGGCUGUAGCUAACCUGGCUGUAGCUAACCUGGCUGUGGCUAACCUGGCUGUAGCUAACCUGGCUGUAGCUAACCUGGCUGUGGCUAACCUGGCUGUGGCUAACCUGGCUGUAGCUAACCUGGCUGUGGCUAACCUGGCUGUAGCUAACCUGGCUGUAGCUAACCUGGCUGUAGCUAACCUGGCUGUAGCUAACCUGGCUGUAGCUAACCUGGCUGUAGCUAACCUGGCUGUGGCUAACCUGGCUGUAGCUAACCUGGCUGUAGCUAACCUGGCUGUAGCUAACCUGGCUGUAGCUAACCGGGCUGUGGCUAACCGGGCUGUAGCUAACCUGGCUGUAGCUAACCUGGCUGUGGCUAACCUGGCUGUGGCUAACCUGGCUGUAGCUAACCUGGCUGUAGCUAACCUGGCUGUAGCUAACCUGGCUGUAGCUAACCUGGCUGUAGCUAACCUGGCUGUAGCUAACCUGGCUGUAGCUAACCUGGCUGUGGCUAACCUGGCUGUAGCUAACCUGGCUGUAGCUAACCUGGCUGUAGCUAACCUGGCUGUAGCUAACCUGGCUGUGGCUAACCUGGCUGUGGCUAACCGGGCUGUGGCUAACCUGGCUGUAGCUAACCUGGCUGUAGCUAACCUGGCUGUAGCUAACCUGGCUGUGGCUAACCUGGCUGUAGCUAACCUGGCUGUAGCUAACCUGGCUGUAGCUAACCUGGCUGUAGCUAACCUGGCUGUAGCUAACCUGGCUGUGGCUAACCUGGCUGUGGCUAACCUGGCUGUAGCUAACCUGGCUGUGGCUAACCUGGCUGUGGCUAACCGGGCUGUGGCUAACCUGGCUGUAGCUAACCGGGCUGUGGCUAACCUGGCUGUAGCUAACCUGGCUGUGGCUAACCUGGCUGUAGCUAACCUGGCUGUAGCUAACCUGGCUGUAGCUAACCUGGCUGUGGCUAACCUGGCUGUGGCUAACCUGGCUGUAGCUAACCUGGCUGUAGCUAACCUGGCUGUAGCUAACCUGGCUGUGGCUAACCUGGCUGUAGCUAACCUGGCUGUAGCUAACCUGGCUGUAGCUAACCUGGCUGUAGCUAACCUGGCUGUGGCUAACCUGGCUGUAGCUAACCUGGCUGUAGCAAACCUGGCUGUAGCUAACCUGGCUGUGGCUAACCUGGCUGUGGCUAACCUGGCUGUGGCUAACCUGGCUGUGGCUAACCUGGCUGUAGCUAACCUGGCUGUAGCUAACCUGGCUGUGGCUAACCUGGCUGUAGCUAACCUGGCUGUGGCUAACCUGGCUGUAGCUAACCUGGCUGUAGCUAACCUGGCUGUAGCUAACCUGGCUGUGGCUAACCUGGCUGUAGCUAACCUGGCUGUAGCUAACCUGGCUGUAGCUAACCUGGCUGUGGCUAACCUGGCUGUAGCUAACCUGGCUGUAGCUAACCUGGCUGUAGCUAACCUGGCUGUGGCUAACCUGGCUGUAGCUAACCUGGCUGUGGCUAACCUGGCUGUAGCUAACCUGGCUGUAGCUAACCUGGCUGUAGCUAACCUGGCUGUAGCUAACCAGAUCGCCGUCUGCACGUGGCGGCGUGCGGCGGCGUGCGGCGGCGUGCGGCGGCGUGCGGCGUGUCUCGUGGUGGCGCUGAGGUCGGACAAAGGCAGGAGCGUGGCGUGGGGGGGGCAGAGGGAGGGGCGUGGCGUGGGGGGGCAGAGGGAGGGGCGUGGCGUGGGGGGGCAGAGGGAGGGGCGUGGCGUGGGGGGGCAGAGGGAGGGGCGUGGCGUGGGGGGGCAGAGGGAGGGGCGUGGCGUGGGGGGGCAGAGGGAGGGGCGUGGCGUGGGGGGGCAGAGGGAGGGGCGUGGCGUGGGGGGGCAGAGGGAGGGGCGUGGCGUGGGGGGGGCAGAGGGAGGGGGGUGA